AUGUUAGGCAGAAUAGGCAUUGCUAGAAGAUCCGCGUAUCGGUUCUACCACUCGGUAGACCACACUGUAUCUAGAAAGUCCAGUAUUGACCAUGUCAUUCUUGACAAGGCCCUCACUUAUAUUCCUCGGUUCGGCUUCCAUGAACAGUGUAUAACUCAAGCCAUUAGAGAUAUGUCGUAUCCUGAUUCGUUAAGUGGGGUCUUUUCUAGUGGGAACAAUAAAGACUUUGAAGUUGUAUUACAUUGGUUGAAGUUCAACAGAAACAAACUCCAUGGUGAUAUUUUGGACCCCACGGAUCAAUUCCAUGCUAUUAAAAACGAAUAUGAUAGAGUCACUUAUUUGAUUAAUAAACGACUUGAAAGUAAUAUUGCCAUUAAACCUUAUUUACAUCAAGCCUUAGCUCAAUUGGUUGUUCCCUAUAACAUUCCCUCAUCUUUAGAGGAAUUACAUCAAUUGAGUGAUGAUAUAGCUUUCUAUGCUGGAGAUAACUCAAAUGAUUUCGCAUGGUAUCUGAAAAGAAUGGGGUUGAGUACUGUAUACGUUAGCUCAGAGCUUUAUAUGUUACAAGAUACUAGUGAAAACUUUAGAGACACUAAAGAGUUUGUCAAGGAGAAAGUUGAUUCAUUGCGUAGUUUAGGAACUGGAUACACCAAUAUUGAACAAUGGGCGGCAUUCAAUGGGAUUAGUUUGAUUAAUUUGAUCAAGUCUCAAUUAUUACGUGGAUAG